AUAACGCAACUGAACGGAAAAAUCUAUCUUGUUGUUUCAUGUAUUUUACAUAUGGAAACUCUACAGCUGUGUUGUGUUCGUUAUAAAUUAUAAAUUACCAGUAUCACUACAAUGUCAACGGAUUUGGAGAAGUACUGCAUGCUGUUGAAAAGUUGCAUUGUUUCUCAGCACAAUACUAAGGCAAAGGAAUAUGUACUCAACAUCACCGAAUUGGUCGCGGACGGGGAAAAACUGACCGCCGCUGAAGCGGAAUACUCGUUGGACAUAAUAUUCAACUCUCCAAAUGGUGCUUUAGCAUUUCUGCAGUGUUCUACUAAUUGUUCCGGUCGCUUUCAAAAAGUAAACGAAGACAUUUUUUAUCUUUUCCGAAAACUGAUACAGAAACAACCAAAACUUGUCGGUAAAUCCGCCACUGCGAUUCUCAAGGAAUGCGUCCGAUUCAUUCAAUCGUCUUCAGCGAGUGCGCGAGAGCGUGAGUUGGCUACCUCAGUUGUACAAGAUCUUCUGGUGUACAGCUGUCUGAACGAAGAUCACGAUAUGAGCCAACUACUGGGAGAUUUGUUGACCGUGUUCGAUCAGCGAAAGUUAACCAAUCGUUUCCAGCAAAAUUUAUUUGAACUAAUCGGUCUACUUACGAAGGAUUAUCCAGAGUGUGUUUCUGAAGACCGCCAAAGAAAAAUUUUGGACACUAUGAUGAAUGUGGCCGAGGGACAACUGCUGGAAGAAAGUUACCCUUCAUUGAUUUCAUUGGCCGGCGCACUACAAGGAUUAAAUUAUUUUCUAAUAAAUUUUGCUCCCAGUGAUACCGGUGCAGAGUUGUGUCGCAGGAUUUAUGUGCUAAUUAAAAAGCUAUCUGAUUGGGACGACGCUGUCAAAGAAAGGUUGGCGUUCAGAAAUGCCCUUCGAUUACUUGAACGACACAGUGCUUUGUUUACUCGCUAUCUAUACGAUGAUUAUCAUUACUGGCAGACUAUGUUGACUAGUAAGUGGAUUCGUUCCGGAAUGGAAGAUCGGAGAGUGGGAAUGUACGCGCUGCAGUCCCUGCAUCGCGAAAUCGCUCGUGAACUGUUGGUCAGAGAGGAUUUAGAUGAAAGCAGUUCAGAAUCCACCGGCAACACCCGGGAAGCGCGAAUUGCUGUGUUGAAUUAUUUCAUGAAAUAUUUCAAAACAGUUCUGAUUGCAUCGGAUUCGAAACCUUUUGAAAUUCGCAUUGCCAUUAGAGGUUUCGGUUCUAUGUCCAAGGCAUGCAGUCGAUUGAUGUCGGAAGAGUAUAUGAAUGAAUUGUUGUUAUUGGUGAUGCAAAGAACCGAGUCUGUGUAUUUCGUAGAGGAAAAGUCGAAGGAUUUGCUGGAGCAUUUACCAGAUUUCGUUCAGGCACUCUCCGAUGUCAUGAGCCACGUUCGUGAGCUGACAAAUGUGCAGCUAGCUUCGCUACAGAAUAUCAUCACCGGUUUGAUAAAAGAUUUUCACUAUUUGAGUCAAUCGCACCACGUACUAGUUGUAGAUUCAUUGUUGAAAACAUUUCAAAACUUGGCGAACCUUGGUGGUACGGUUCUCGACAGUUUACUGGAAAAAAUUGUUCUUCGUGGAGUAAUUUGGAGUUGCUCCCAUAUGCUAGUUGUCGAUGCCAAUCAAGAACGAAAUGUAUCGGAAGGUAAAAGCGAUUGGAAGGAUUAUAUCACCUACAAAUACUACGUUCCUUUAUGGAAGGGUUUGCUUUCGCAAGGUACAAAUCCGUUGAUGGACCGAGGACCAUUGAUAAAGGUUAUCUAUACUCAUAUGAUGAAGGUCCUCUUUCUCAUCCUUGACAAAUUGAACUUGAACACGAGAAAGCGAACUGUGAAGGAUACUACAGGCGAGUCACAGGAGCUUUAUUUCUGUGAUCCAAACGUUGAUCUUGUUCCUGUUAAACCAAAAGAUUUUCAUAUAUUCUUCAAUCUAGUCGAUCUGUAUCAAGAUUUGUUUCGGUACAAUGUGGAGAUACGAGAUCAUUUUGAAGAUUGGAUACCGAUCUAUUUCGACGUCAUGGUGAAGAAAUCCUUACUUCAUCCGCUAGUCAGUGGAUUUGUGAAACUGAUAGAUUUAGGUUUGGUGAAUGCCCAUCAUCUACAAUAUUUUCAGACUCCGCAUUCGUCUAGUAAGAUGGCCACAACAAACUUGCUAGUGUACUUCCUGGAAUUGCAGAUUGCCAAAGCACGCAAUUCAAGUGGGGAGCUUCAGUUAACCUGUCUAAGAGUCGUCCUCAAUGCACCAAUUAGUUUGCUUGAAAGUUUCCUUGAAGAUUCGAAUGAAAUGAUCGAAAUUUUUCGAAAAUCAUUCAAGCUGGGCAAAGGAAUGCUUUCGUUGGCAAACAUGGCCUUAUCGUGCGUACAACGCGUGGUGGCAUACGAUUCAUCGAUUUCCGAAAACAGUCGUGAGAGGGUGAUCGCCAAAACUCUUCCACUACUGGAUAGCUACCUUCAAACGCGAGAUACCGUAUCGUCUGGCAUUAUGAGCAGUCGUUUGGCGAAAUUCCAGAGAAAGCGAAGUGUCAAUUUGACCAGUAGUAAAAUAGAGAAGAUUAAAAUGCAGCAUGCGCUGGACAGUUCUGAAACGGGGCUAAUCAAAUUUCAACGCCGUGUGGUUCUGUUUUUGGGACAGCUUGAGCCACAUAUGUGCACGAAAAUGGUUCUCCACGAAUCAGUGGACGAACAGGAAGAUACUGAGCGACCUCUUGUGCUGUGGGAUUUGGAUUCCAACUGUAACAUUUCACUGCAAUUGCUUGCCCCGGUUGGUAUUCGGCCUGUCAUUAGGCUCGACACGAUCAUCGCGAGGGUUUGCACCUUGGCCAUUAGUUCCAGUGACCGAAAGACGAAGAUGGCGUCAUGCGAGCUGUUACAUGCGUUGAUACUCUACAUAAUCGGUAUACAACAUCACGACCGGAUGACUAAGCUGUGGUCCGAACUCUGCAACCAUAUGUUGCAGCUCUGCACAGACCCGGACAUCGCUGUGUGUCAGAUGUUCGAACCGCUGAUCUUCCAACUCAUCCAUUAUCUGACACAACCGUCCAAGAUUAGCCUGAAAGGUACGGAGGUGUUGGCGAACUGUCUCAUGAACUCGAUAUCUCAUCCCACCGAUACUAGCAUUCGCGAUCUGGCAGCUCGGUGCAUUCGGGAGUUUUUGCUAUGGACUAUCAAACAAACUCUACCCGGACAGCAGACUGCGUUGGCUAGCAUUAAUUUGAAGGUAAUACUGGAAAAGUUACGAACCUAUUGCCUAGAUUCGAACCCCAACCGGCGCCAGGGAGCAGCUUUGGCAUUCAAUAAUAUCUACCGGGUGUUGCGGGAAGAAGAAACGCACAUUGAAAGGAACUGGUUCGCUCUAUUUUUCGCAUUCAGUGUGAACUUCAUCAUGACGGAAGAUUUUGAUAGCUCCACUACUAAUCUGGAGCAAGUGUCCGCAACGAUUGAUCACCUGGUGCGGGUGUUGAUUAUUCGGAAGGACUUGUUUAACAGAGCCAGUGCAGUUCGGAUUGUACCUAAAGAAUUUCGAGGUGGAUUGCUGAAGGAUUUGGUGGUGUGGUUAUUGAAACAGUGUAGUUCCAAGGAAACAAGUUACCGACACAAAUGUAUGGAAGUAUUCCCGAAGUUAGCAAGUGCCGUGGAUGGAUGUCGGUCCGGAGCAGAAUUUGUGCGAAAAUUUUCGAAUAGUGAGGAUCUUUUAAACAUAUGUGAUCAUUCGGACUUAAUCUACGGAAUUCGUGGUUCUCCUAAUCUUCAGUUCAUUGUCGACAACAAACUACCAGUGAUAGUAAACAUUUAUGUUUGGUUGGAGUACUUUAGCUCUUCUCUGGACAUGUACCACUGGUUGUUGAAGAACUCUUUCGUUUCUAAUUCGGAAGCCUUCCUAGAACAAUCGAAGCUUUUCAAAGCGGUGGAGUACUUUUUAUCUUCUGUUGUUAACGCUACCAUGUUUGAUCUCAUGUCGUUACUUCGUCCGGAAAUUAUCGAGGAAAGCCACAGUAGCAUCGAAUUUCGCGUAUGCACCGAAAAGGUUAUCAAGUUUCAUCUGCUGAAGUGUACAAUAGCAGUAAGGAUCAUUGAUCUGUUGGUUACUGUUCUGCCGCAACAAUGCUGUCGUAGCGUUCCGGAGAGCUUUUGGAAUUCGGACGCUGUGUUGAAUUUUGUUGUCGACUUAGUUUUCGAGCCGCAGAGAAUUGGAUUUGAUUUCAAGUCGAGUCAGGACACAAUUGCAAAGUUCUCGGAAAAAGUAGAAGAACUUCUAACGAAGAUUGAAAGAUUUGGGCAUAUCAAUUUCAAACAAAAAGUGUAUCGAAAUGUUUCGGUGAAGCUCGGUCGUACGAUCAAAGAUCUAUCGGAUCGAUUGGAAGAGUUGAUGCAGGCAGAGACCAUCGGACUGGAGGACAGUAAUUAUGUUAAGGGAAUUUUUAUAAUUGCCAAAAGAUACGAAAUAUAUAAGAAGCACUUUGGUGAACACACCAAUGCCUUCCUGGAAACGGUGUCGGAUAAAUUAAUUCAUGAUGUGUUCGAUGGAUUGAAAAGGAAACGCACUGAGGAGUUCGUCAAUGUUACGCUCACUCCCUCGGUGAGGAAGUUCUCGGCAACUGUGUUACGUGCUGCAGUGCUGUUCAAAUCACCGGCCGCCAUAGAGCUUUUAAUGGAACUGGUGCUCGACGGUAGGAAAUUGCAACUGUUUCAACAGUCCGACAAAUCUGUAAUUCUUCACGGAGAAUAUUUCACUAACACGUUCGAGGAACCAAUUUAUGAGCACGUUUUGCAACAGAUACCAGGUAGUUUGGAUAAAUUGGUCGGAUGUUUGAACGUUGAAACAUUUUCAAUGGUUAUACGAAUGUUUUGCCAUUUUCUGGAGUUUAGCUACCAAAAGAAACGUUUGCAGAUUAAUAUCUUGCAAGCAAUCACCGAACACUUUUUGAAUUCGUGGGAAAUCAUAACCGGGAUAGCUUCGCAGGUAGACAACAAAUUUGGUUCCGCUGAUUUACGUUUGAUCGAACUCAUGUCCAAUGUUGCCAUGGCAAGUCCGAUUUCCCUUAAUGAACUCGGUCGGAAAGCGAUCGGGUUCCAACAAUGGCUAUUGACUCUAAUAGAAAAUCCGCAAAACCAGCUGGAUCUGAAAUCAAAAGCAUUAUUUCUACUACCAGCAUUGGUUGGAGACACGGAUCUCGAGUCGGGCCUGGUCUCGGCAGCUCUUCGAAGACUACAGGACCAACACUUCCCGCUGCGCUCGUCGGAAUUCAGUGUCAGCAGCAUGCAAAGAAUUAGUUUCGAAAGCUGCAUCGUAGCCUUGCUGGAUGCAAUGGUUGUUUCACGCUCCCCGGUAAUUCUGGAAGCGGUUAUUAAUGCCACUGCGGCGGAUCCGGACCAUAUUGCCGAACAGAAAAUUCGUACCGCAUUGGGAGAGUACAUACGAGUGCAGAAUAGCAGUAAACAAUGCUCUAAUUUGAAGCAGAUAUUUUUGAAGUUCUGCGAUGAAUCCUUGGAGCCCAGUAUUCGACUAACAGUGCUGCAGCGGUUCCUAAUCACUGGAAUUCGGCAGGGAAGUGUUGAGACCAUACUAGCAUUCUAUAAAUUAUUCAUCAAAAGAAUCUAUGAAAUGAUUCGCAGCAACUACGGUCAGUACGGAGCUGGAUGGGAUGCUGAACAGGCGCUGGUCAAUCGUUUCGGAGGCUAUCAGUUAAUCGAACUGUAUGUCGCAAUUCUACCCCGAAGUAUGGUUAUAAACGAAGAUUGUAUGGUGACCAAAGCAUUGUACGGAGAAACAGAGAAAACUCCUGGAAAUAAAAUGAUUACCGACUUCACAAAGAAAGCCUAUGCGUGUCGCACUGAGGUGUUUCUCACGCCGGACUCACCGACUGCCGAGUUGUUCCGUAAGUAUCAGUGUGCCGCGUACCGAGCACUGGCCGCAAUUAUUAGCAAUACCAAGGAAGAUCUGCAGUUGUAUAAUGUACUGUUGUUCCGAGAAAGUCACGAAAAAAAUGAGUUCAUCUGGAGGAAACUCAUCAACUGUUCGGAGGAUCGAUUGUAUGAUUGUACCAGCCAAGAACUGGAAGAUUAUCCAAAGAUUAAGGACAAAAUUGUGUCUAUCCGUAGACUAAACUCGGCAUCUGGACAAUCCGCCAGUAUUUUCAAGUAUAUUCAAAUGACCAGUGUGUUUGAAUCUUCGCUGAGCCAGGAUGUUACCAAACUUGAUUUGAACUAUUCAGUUGUACGAUCGACACAGGAGGUAGCCGCUAGGGAGGUUGAUGAAUUGACCCAACAAAUUCAUCGUCGAUAUUCGGUACCACUUGAACAGUCGAAGAUUAAUGAUCACGAAGUCAUGGCUACGGUCUGUGCCGUUAUUCAGCACAUGCACGAAAAUAAGAUUACUCCGACGAUGGAAGAGGGUCGUGUUGCACCGCCACCAUGGAUUAAAUUUCUGGCAGCUUCCGUGCGUGAUCAACAGCAACACAAAAACGUUCGGUUGUUUCUGGUAAAAGUAAUAGACAACUCCCGCCAGUGGUUGAAGCCAUAUGCGAGUACGCUUGUUCCUCCACUGAUGCAGGUUAUCGUUGAUGAAUGUAUUGCUGCUCAGUUGAAUACUUUUGUAACCGAUCUAAUUGCACUGAUACUGGAGUGGAGUGAGGUCUACCAGCCGAAAAGUUUGGAUGAGAUCGCUUUGGCGUCUAGCCUGGUAAAAUUCGUAAUGCGGAAUUGCUUUCAUGUUAGAAAAGAAGUUUUUCGAUUGAAUCUCGAGCUAACGAAGAAUUUGAUCGAACAAUGGAAGGGCGUUAUCAGCAUACCAGUACAGCUACUGUACGAUAUGAUCGGACCGGCUCAGGACCCAGAAUCCCAGCAAAAUCUUUGUGGUCUGCAGCUGAACGCCGUUGUGCUAGCAAACGGACUCGUUCCGUGGACGGAAACAUCUAAGUUCGACUUUAUAAGAGCAAUAUUUAGAUGUUUGGAUUCAGAGAAGACUGCUGUUUAUCGACCUGCUUCGGAACUGAUGGGCAUGUGUUUGAGUCUCCUAUAUCCGGCAGGUGAACAGACCGAGGAUGAACGAUAUCAGAAUGAAUUUGUGGUACAACUUUUGGCGAUACGAAAAACACACGAAUACAAGUUUAUGGAUAUUAUAUAUGGCAUUCAUAAAACUUUUCCAUCGAUUGUUGAUUCUUUUCUGUCUAUUGUUUCGCACGCUAUACCUAAUGCGACUGGUGCUUCGAAGAAAAUAUUUCUGGAGAUGUUGCUAUCGCGAGUAGAGGCCUACAAAGAACAGGUUCAUCGUGAACUAAUUUCCUUAGACUUGAAAGGAUUGCUGAGAGAUCGUAAAUAUCAGUUACUCGCUCUACACUUAAUCAAUAAGUCUGUAUCCUUGAUGACAACUCAGAAUCUGGACGAUAUACUCGACAAUGUUAUCUCUCUGAUCAACAACGAUCGGUCCGAGGUUCGGGAUGUGGUGUAUGAAAUACUGAUUUUCAUCCAUGAGAAUUGUCUUCAAGAACCAGAAAAUACCAAACAGAAACUUAGGAAAGCUCUACUGGCCGGUUUGAACGAUACGGAUCAGUUACUCCAGAGCCAUGUCUUUGAAUUUUGGACGGAUGCUUCACGCUUCCCGGAAGAAAUUGAUGCCCGAUUUGAACGUAUUCUAGCUGAUUUGUACGACCCAUCACAGGAAGCAAAUUUGCUAGGUUUCGGCAUACAAACUCUGUUGAGUCCUGCAAUAAAGAAUCCGGAGUCGAAGCGACAAAUCUUCCAGCACGAAUACGAAGCAGAUGUUAAGCUGAAAGAGUAUUCCAUCGAUACGCGAUGGUAUCAGCGAAAUUCUAUUGCCUCGGUGCCUUUGUUCGUGGAAUCACAACAGCGGUACUUCACGGCAUCCGAUGGUUCGCAAAUGGAACAGCUGAUCAAGGCCACCCAGUUCAGAGCUAGCGAUAAUGCUUUCGAACCUACUCUAGAUCCCACUGUUAUGAGCCAAACUUCGAGCACAUUCACACUACCCACCCAAAACUCUUUGCUGUUUGAAGUAAAUCCUCCCAUUCUGGAUCGACGAUCACGACGAACAGCAGCAGGAGCUGAACCUGCGAUUGGGAAAAGUUCCAAAUCCUACGAUAGCCUCCGCAAACGAAUCCUCAAAGACAAAGAACGAUCCACACGUGAUCAGGCUAUGCGAGCUAUAGAGCGCCAUAGCUACGAAGCCGUCAAAAAAUACGAUACCCUUAAGAAAAAACAGGACGAGGUAGUCCUCUACCGUCGAUACCGAAUUGGCGAUUUCCCUGAUCUUAUAAUAAACAGCUUAGCUCUGCUGUUACCUUUGCAGGCAGCAUGCAGACGCGAUCCCGUGCUAGCACGACAGGUAUUCGUUUCCAUAUUCACUGGCAUUUUGGACGAAUGGGAACACAAUGAACACCCUGCGAAUGAAACGAUCCUUGCUAUCAGUCGAUCCAUUCAGAAAAUACUAACGGAAACCAAAAGCUGCGACCCGAAUGUUUUCGGAGCUCUCAUUGAAAUGGCAAUGAAACGGCCGCGAAUAUUUGAUCUGUCGGCCGAUAGCGUUGCUACAGUUGCCAGUGGAGCUAACAUGAUGGACAUCGGAGUGUUAUAUCUGGAAAGCAAGUUACACGAAUACGAUUUUCCUGAUGAAUCCAUCGUUUCACGCAGCUCCGCAGUUACUAUGGAAGCCGUCCACUGGAUAAAGCUAGCUGAACUGUAUCAUAUGUUGAACGAGUAUGAUGUUCUGGGCGAUAUUUUCUCAGACAAAAUGGACAGCGACACUAGGCUCAAGCAAGCGAUCGAACUAGAAAGUAUCGGAAACUUUUACCGAGCCAAAGAUCUGUAUCAUACAAUGAUCCUUGAAAAUUACAAUCGCCUGGCGGAGCAAAAUUUUUGUUAUCAAUCUUACUAUAACUGCUAUGAACAGAUGUGCAUGUGGGAGGAUUUGUUGGUUAUUUUGGAGAAUCAAAUCGAAGAUAACAUCGAAGAGUUCUGGACUGAUGAAUGGAAUAUGGAUAACAUUCUGCCCAGCUACUUCCACUGCAAUACAAGAUUGAAUUUAGCCGGAGAUGAACGCGGUCGCGAUUUCAUUAGGCUGUUGGAAGGAUGGAUGCGUAUUCCGGACAGGAUGGAUUACAUGAAAACCAAUUUCGGUGAAGAGAUUACAAUGCUGCAGCUGGCCAAUGGGGAAUAUAGCCGCGCCAAAAUGUACUCUGAGCAAGUGCUGCGCCAUUUUCUACAGGAGUGGAGCUAUCUGAAUGACAUGGCCACAAAAUUACGAGUGCAAAAACUGCUCGAUAUAAGAAAGGUUGCCGAGAUCCACACCUACAGCGAAAUGCUUGGUAACCAUUUGGAAGAGAAACAGUUGAAACAGUUGGUCGCCAAUUGGCAAGCUUCAUUUCCGACCGCGUCUGAUUCGUUGUUGGUUUGGGAUGCUCUGCUAACGUACCGUAAGUUUUUACUGAACUUACUGGAAACCAAACUGGAAGGAGCGACCGACGACCGGCUGCUGCAAAUCGAUUUCGUCGGUGUGAUGAAACGAUCGAUUUUCGAUGCGGAAUUACAUCUGUUGGAUGCAGCAUUCGAACAAAACAACACCCGCUUUACUCGUCAAGUUAUCAAACGGUUGGAAGUGUUGGCCGAUGAACAAAGUGAUAGCGGGUAUCGGUGGAGAAUCGCUCAGCUCAAAAUGAGAAGAGUUUGUGAGAUGGAAAGUGGAGGAGAUCCGACUACUACGGUCCAGCGAAUGGGAAAAAAUUUCGAACGGUUAAGGACAGUUGUCGAAGCUGCCGAUUUAGACAGGUACGCGAACGUGAAGGUCGAGGGGCUGCAAGAGCUAUAUUGGAUGUCGGAAACACUACGAAAUAUUGUGCGCAACAAUCCACAGAUGGAUGUUGAAGGUCUUAGAAAAUUUCUGCCAUUCGUUGAGAGAGAACCACUGGACAGAUCAUUCAAUCAGUAUUCGCAAGAAUGUUUGCUGAAAUCAAUCGAAAUUACAAGCAAAUGUUUAAUGGAAAGCAGCACGGUCCAGGAGAGAGAAACUGUUCGCUUAGCUGACUGUCAUUUUAUGUUGGCUCAAUUCUGUAAUGAAGAAAUUGAACGUGAGGCUCUUGGAGAGACCACGGACCUCGAACGACAACUCAUCGAAUCACUUCUGGCAUCGAUGCAGUACGGAUCCAAACCAGCGCGACAGCUUUUCCCAUGUCUGUUGCAGCUUCCACAUCUUCAGGAUGGUACAUUGCAUCGAGAAUUCGUCGAAGCUAGCUGUUCGGUACCAGAAUGGAUGUUCCUACGUUGGAUUCCGCAGAUCCUGUCGUAUGUUGACUAUGCCAGCGAAUCAUUUCUUGCCGAUUUGUUGCUACGAAUUGCCAGCAGUUAUCCCAUGGCACUCUACUAUUCGACUAAACUAUCUUACGGAAAUUUUCUCAAGGAUAACUCUGGCAAACCGGUGGGGAUGUUUGCUACAAAAUUAAUGGCUGCCUUAGAUUUUCCUAAGAUGGAUCGUUUCACUAAAGAACUUUGCCAAGUGCUUAUUCCGUGUAUGAAAGUUAAGAGGAUUGCUUCCGCUAUGAUGGUUAAACUUUCACAUUCAUCAACGAUUGCCAACAAAGAACAGUUUCGUCAGCUGGUAACCGAAAUGAUGGUGGACUGCUUCCCUGAUAUUACACCGGAUCUUGGGAGUGAGCAUAAAAAAAUACUAACUUUGAAAACGAAAUGGCUUGAAUUGCUUGAUUACGACUUCGAUACUCAAAAGGAUGCCAUUUGGAAACUGUUGAAUGACAUUAUGAAAGAAGCAGACCAAUUUAGCCCGAAGUUCAGCUCCCUCGACCUGAGUAGGUACUCUCCGUGGUUGGCUGAGUAUCACUUUAGUGAGCGAGAAGAUAUGUUGGAGUUGCCUGGUCAAUACAAUGAGGAUCGAAAACCAAAUGUUUUAAAUCAUGUAAAAAUUGUUAAAGUCUGCAGCAGGUUAGAAAUGUUUGCUACUCUUCGGAAACCUCUUCGGCUUCAGAUUAUGGGAAGCGAUGGAAAGACUUAUGAUUUCUUGGUCAAAUAUGGAGAGGAUUUGCGACAAGACCAGCGCAUUCAGCAAUUACUCGGAAUUAUAUCGACACAACUGUCGCUCGACCAGCACUGCAAAGACCAUCAAUUGUCAGUGAGAACAUAUGAAGUUGUUCCGAUCAGAGACGACUUCGGUCUUAUUGGAUGGAUGCCGAAUACAUCCUCAAUCAAGAGUAUCGCUGUCCGAUCGAUGGUACGGUUUAAUCCCGAUGGUGAUGUAACAGGUGUAAUCAAUCGUGAAUUUAGUCAUUUUUUGAAGCAAACUGCGGGUGUUUCUGUGGAUCACGUAGGAUCAGCCGUUUACGGAAAAGUUGCUGCCGUGAGCAGCCCCGAAAAGAUCAUGCAGAAAUUCAAUGAGCUGUGCUACAAGAUCAAACCUGAUGUGCUUAAGCGAGCACUUUUCGAAAUGACCGUGUCGCCGGAAUCGUUCUACAAUUUGCGCGGAAAUUUCGCUAAAAGUCUAAUGGCGAUGAACAUUUCCUGUUGGAUUCUAGGCAUAGGUGAUAGGCACACAUCGAACCUGUUGAUCGAUCGUAGCAACGGUAAGUUAGCUGGAGUCGAUUUUGGAUUGGCGUUCGGUGCCGGAACACGUGACCAGGCUAUUCCGGAGAUGGUUCCUUUUCGAUUGACACCACAAUUCGUUAGCGUGAUGGAACCAAUGCGAACAUCCGGAUUGAUGCACAAAUGUUUGGUUUACACGCUGGCCUGUUUGAGAAACCAGAAGAAAAUAUUGAAGUCAUGCCUGGAAGUAUUCGUACGGGAUCCGACAUUAGAUUGGCUGGAAUCGUCACGCCGCCGAUUCAACCUGGAUGACAGCAAAGGCUUUUUAAGUUGGGAUCCUCAAACUCGCAUUAAUAUUGCAAUUCAAAAGCUGAAUGGUUCUAAUCCAAAGAUUCUGAUAGCGGAAGAAAUUCGACUCGGACAGGCGGCCCAUAACCCAGAGUUUCUCGAUGGUUAUUUGAAAUUACUGCAGAUUGACAAACCUGCAUUACCAAAUGGAAAUUUGACCGUUGAACAGCAAGUUCAGUGCUUACUUGAAGCGGCAACAAGUAGAUCUAUUUUGGGUAUUGCGUAUUCUGGAUGGUUCCCGUGGUUUUAGUUAGGUGGAUUUGUCAAUCAUAAUCUUGUUAUAUGUACAAAUAAAGUUCCUUCAUUCAGAUGCAUAAAUUAACCCGAA